ACCCUCGCGCUACACCCCCUUGGGCUGGAGCCCGGCUCCCCGCUCCCGGGACAACGUUCGCCCCCGCCCCGGGGCUGCGGGCCGGAGCCGGGAUGCCAGAAGGGCCGUCAGUGAGGAAGUUUCACCAUUUGACCUCCCCCUUUGUGGGGCAGCAGGUGGUCAAGACAGGGGGCAGCAGUAAGAAGCUAAACCCUGCCAGCUUCCAGUCCCUGUGGCUCCAGGACACCCAGGUCCACGGAAAGAAAUUAUUCCUUAGAUUUGAUCCAGAUGAAGAAACCAAGUCUCCCGGCAACAACCCACUGCCAGAACCGCUAGGAAAAGGAGAGAGGAAGAAAGAGGCUGGGGACCAAAAGCAGACCUUGGGUCCCGACAGCCAGAAGAUCUCAGACCAGUCUUCCCAGUCCGACAGUGGAGACAAUGGUUCUGCAUGUUUGGGGGGAGACAGCCCAGCAGGAGGUGCUGAGAGGUGGCUGCAGGUCAGCUUUGGUCUGUUUGGCAGCAUUUGGGUGAACGAAUUCUCCAGAGCAAAGAAAGCAAACAAGAGGGGUGACUGGAGGGACCCCAUUCCAAGGUUGGUCCUGCACUUUGGCGGUGGUGGCUUCCUGGCAUUUUAUAAUUGUCAGAUGUCUUGGAGCUCUUCCCCAGUGGUCCAGCCCACCUCUGACAUCUUAUCUGAAAAGUUCCAUCGAGGACAAGCCUUGGAAGCUCUGGGCCGGGAGCAGCCUGUCUGCUAUACACUGUUGGACCAAAGAUGCUUCUCAGGCUUAGGGAACAUCAUUAAGAAUGAAGCCUUGUACAGAGCUGGGAUCCAUCCCCUUUCUCUCGGUUCACUCCUCAGUCCUCGGCAACUUGAGAUCCUCGUGGAUCAUGUGGUGGAGUUCAGUACAGACUGGCUUCAGGACAAGUUCCAGGGCAGACAGAAUCACACACAGAUCUACCAGAAAGAGCAGUGCCCUGCUGGGCACCAGGUCAGGAAGGAGGCCUUUGGGCCUCCAGGUGGCUUCCAGAGGCUCACCUGGUGGUGUCCCCAGUGCCAGCCCAGGCUGCCACCUGACGAGCCAGAACAAGUCCAGCUUCCCUAGGGCCCUUGGGCCCCUUCACAAAACCUUGCCCUUCAGGGAGCUUGAUGCUUGAGUGUAGAGAAAGGGGGUGUGGGCAGGGAUUGGGACUAGGGGCAGGAGUUAGAGGUGAGGGUGGUCAGGAGGGUAUCAGUCCUGUUGAUAUUCAUCUCACUGAAGUUGAGUUUUCACAGGGUUAGAUUAUUUUUUGAGUGUUGUUUAAUUCUUCCUAAUUCUGCCAUUGUGAAAGAUGAGAAAAGUUAUGUUGACAGUUAUGGGAAAAGCCUCCCAGAACAAGUGGGUUAAUGAAAAUAUAAGUCUGUGGAAAAUAGCUGUGCCCCACCAUUGUUCUGUUUGGUUUGGUUUUGGUUUUGAAACUUUGGUUGUUUUAAGGCCCUCCAUUUGAGAAUCAGGAACACGGAAUUAUCUUUCUUCAUCCCCCUGGAGAGAUCCAGGGAUGAGAAUGGAGUAGCAUGAGGGUCAUGCUCGGAUUCAGCCUCCUGCCUGGGUCCUUUUCCAUGGGAUGGAGACACCAGGAGAAAGGGCAGGGGCGGGGGGAGCUGGCCACCUUUCUGAUGUGCCCAGUGGACUUUAGAGCAAAGCUACUUGUUUCCUCCUAAGGUGAUAUAUUUCUGACCAUUGCUAUGUGGAACCAGCAGGAAUCAAGGUUGUGGAGAUACAGUGUAAAGGUGUUAGCAACAGCUGGAAGAAACUAGGACAUUUAAAUAAAGCUCUUUGACACUU